AUGAGCAAAAUACUGACCGGAACGGGGUAUUUCUGGUCGUUUAAUACCAGUUGCGAGGGCCCGGAGCCUGUCCUUCCACCCCCCCCCAGUGCAGAACGUGGCGAGGUUGUGAAGGUCGUCGUCGGAAAAGGCGAGCGCUCUGAAGAGUUGGAGUUCCAUCAAGGUCUACUGUGUGCCGCUUCAUCGUACUUCGAGGCUGGUUUCAAGAAGGGUCGGUUCAAGGAAGGCAAUGAAGGCGUCAUCCGUCUUGAAGAAGAUGAUGUCGACACCGUUAAACGCUUCAAGGAAUGGCUCUAUGGCAGACCCACGCUGCCGAAAACAUUGACCUCGGAUCAAGGCCCAGAUGGUCGCGGAGUCGCAGAUAUUGACAUGUCUAUUUUCCGCUUGUACUACUUCGCAGACUGCCGCGGAGUUCUGUCGCUCAAGAACGUCAUCAUCAACUUGGUCGCCGGCCUUCUCCGUUAUACACAGCCCACAGUCAGCCUACCGAACAUCCUCGACAUCUACGAGAAUACUCCCCCUGGUGAUGGCAUGCGCCGGCUUAUGGCUCUCAUGUUGGCGGCCAAACGUUGCAAGCUUGGACGAGUCCUGAAUAGCAAAAGUAGCGGAUGUCCAACCGCCGACGAUGUCCCUAACGAUCUUUUGCUCGACUACAUACUCGCCUUGGAACAGUGUGUAGGAGUAUGGACCACCAAGAAGUGGCAAGGGGUUCGAAUAUGCGAUUUCCAUGAUCACCCAGGGCGGAAGCCCACAUUCGACGCUGCCGCCUUUGGACUGGGGCUUCCGGACAAUGGUAAGCGCGCGUGGUUCAUUCAUUCCACUACAGAGGAAACGUAUUCGACAUCGACAUGA